UGACGCGCUGCGCGGCUCCGGGGCCGCGACCGCGAACUUUGCAGUGCACGUCGCUAUUCCCGGAAGCGUGUGGGGCGGGCGGCUCCGCUCUCUGAUCGCCAUUCUUGCACUGUGGAACAGAGGAGCUCAGGCGCAGACCCUAGUUCAUCCGAGGUUUAACGAUCAUGGCAGAGCAGGAGCCCACCCCGGAGCAGUUGGCGGCCAUCGCCGCGGAGAACGAGAACACGGAAACGGUGGACUACCGGCCCCCGGCCCAGAAGAGCCUGCAGGAGAUCCAGGAGCUGGACAAGGACGACGAGAGCCUGCAGAAGUACAAGGAGGCGCUGCUGGGGAACCCCGCCAUCACCGCGGACCCCACUGUUGCGAACGUGCAGGUGACACGGCUGACAUUGUUGUGUGACACCGCCCCGGGGCCCCUGACGCUGGACCUGCAGGGAGACUUGGAGGCCUUUAAGAAGCAGUCCUUUGUGCUGAAGGAGGGGGUCGAAUACAAGAUAAAGAUCAGCUUUAAGGUGAACAGAGAGAUUGUCUCGGGACUGAAGUACGUACAGCAGACCUCCAGAAAAGGAGUCAGGGUUGACAAGUCGGACUACAUGGUGGGCAGCUACGGCCCACGGCCGACGGAGUACGAGUUCCUGACCCCCCUGGAGGAGGCUCCCAAGGGCAUGCUGGCGCGCGGGACCUACAACAUCAAGUCCAAGUUCACCGACGAUGACAAACACGACCACCUGUCCUGGGAAUGGAACCUCAACAUCAAGAAGGAGUGGAAAGACUGACCAACCCCCCGUCCCCCCCGUCAACCCCUCUCUCUGUCCCCCUGUCUUUCUCCUCCCUCCGUCCUUCCCUUCUUAUGGAUCAGAUGCAAGACCAGCGCAAGCUCUCUGUCCGUCCAGUCUUUCCUCCCUCCCCCCCCC